GUACGCAAAUCUCCAUCCUCAAGAAAGGAAGGGAAUAAAAGAAUGCCUCUCUCUCUAACAUUAGAAGAAAAAUUCUUUGAUAAACCCACUUGAGUAAAGAAAGGUAAUUAGCAGAAAUUAAGACAAACAAAACAAGCGAUGCCCAUGAAUCCUUGAUCGGCAAGGAAAAAAAAAAUACCCUUUCGGAAAUUCCACGCUAUACCCAUUUUAUAACCGCCAAAAACGAUGGACUAUUUGACUCGUCUUUCAUUCAGUCAUUUUAUCGAACAGUUGGUGGGCUAACUCAAAGAAACGACAAAACAAGCAAAUAUUGACCAAAUUCCUUUGAUUGGUUCUCUUAUCCAUAGUUGGACUGAGAUAAGAGUGCGUGUUAGUACAAAAAGAUGAAGAGAGUUAAGGUGGGUUUGUGGUUAUGGGCGUUGGUAUUGUUCAUGGGUUUGUGUACGACAAUCUCAUCGGCUGCAUUUUUGGAGAAUCGGCAUAGAAGAAAAUCGACGCAUCCAGUUCCAGGGACGUCGUCGUUUGAGCUGAAUCGAGUAGGGUCUUCUGUCGUUUUCCCCAUCCACGGGAAUGUAUAUCCUAUUGGCUUUUAUAAUGUUACCCUCAAUAUUGGUCAGCCACCAAAGCCGUACUUCCUUGAUCCUGACACUGGCAGUGAUCUUACAUGGCUCCAAUGUGACGCUCCCUGUGUCCAGUGUACUGAGACGCCUCAUCCACUUUACCGACCGAGCAAUGACUUGGUUGGAUGUAGAGAUCCCCUCUGCAUAGCCUUACACUUACCUGGUACUCCCAAAUGUGAUAACCCGGAGCAAUGUGACUAUGAGGUUGAGUAUGCAGAUGGUGGUUCCUCACUCGGUGUACUUGUUAAGGAUGCCUUCUACUUCAACUCCACAAAAGGAGACCAACUUAAACCUCGUCUUGCCCUCGGAUGUGGAUACGAUCAAGUUCCCGGUUCAUCUCACCCGCUCCCCUUAGACGGAGUACUUGGCCUCGGGAGGGGAAAAACCAGCAUUGUGUCACAACUUCAUAGCCAAGGUUUGAUGCGAAACGUUGUUGGCCACUGUUUAAGCGGGCGGGGUGGAGGAUUUCUCUUCUUUGGGGAUAACGUUUAUGAUUCCUCACGAGUGGAUUGGACACCAAUGUCCAGUGAUUACUUAAAACAUUACUCACCAGGAUCUGCGGAACUCAGAUUUGAUGGAAAGCCAACUGGUUUGAAAAACCUACUUACGGUCUUUGACAGCGGGAGCUCUUACACUUAUCUAACUUCUCAAGCUUACCAAACUUUGACAUUUUUGAUCAAAAGAGAAUUACCUAGAAAGGUUUUAAGAGAAGCCACAGAUGACCAAACCCUACCACUAUGUUGGAAAGGUAAAAGGCCAUUUAAAAGGGUAAGCGAUGUCAGAAAAUACUUCAAGCCCUUAGCACUGGACUUCACAACUGGUGGCAAAACUAAAACUUAUGAAUUACCCCCUGAAGCUUAUCUAAUAGUAUCAUCUAAGGGGAAUGUUUGCUUGGGAAUUCUAAAUGGCUCUGAAAUCGGGCUUCAAAAUUCUAACAUAAUUGGAGACAUAUCAAUGCAAGAUAAGAUGGUGAUCUAUGAUAACGAGAAGCAGAUGAUUGGAUGGGCUUCUGCAAAUUGUGAUAAGCUUCCCAAAACAAGUAGUUUCAGCAUCGGAUGGUGAUUUAGUAUGUUCGAUCCCUUUCUACUCAACACAAAGUGGUUAUAAAGUAUCCCCCAAAAGAAAUAAUAUUUAUAACACUCUCAUUUGUGUAUACGUGUAUGUGUCUAUAUAGGUGGCCACAGUUUCUCUAUAGACUCUCAUUUAUUUGGAGGUUGCUUUGUAAUUGUGUUGUUGAUAACUUUAUACAAACUGGAAUUGUGUAACAUAUCCCCAAUUUACGGUAAUAUGAUUGGCC